ACCCCCUAAAUUUUUCUAUGUAAACUGUGCGGCCGCAGCGGGGGCAGUGUUAUCUUCCGUUUUCUAGGUUUACUCCAAACGGGAAAAAUCCCGUCCGACUGCCUGCGAUCAUCUAAUCUUUCCCUUCGCCUCAAGUGAUUUCUUCUCUAGGUCUCCUCUCCCUUCUCCACUUUUCUCCCCCACCCCCUCCUCUCUCGCUCUUCCACAAUUGGGGCAUCAGCGGCGUCGUCUCACUUCGGCCAUUCUCUCCUCUCGAAUCGUGGCUUCCAAUCCAAUCCGAUCAUUUCCUCGCAUCCAGGGUUCAUUUCGCUCUCAAUCCGCCAUCUCUCGCCGAAUUAGGUAUUGCAUGGUGUCAUCCGAUCUGGUUUCAGGAUGUACAUCAAGAAGGUUAUCAUUGAAGGGUUCAAGAGCUACAAAGAACAAGUUUCUACAGAUCCGUUCAGCCCUAAAGUAAACUGUGUUGUUGGCGCCAAUGGGUCGGGAAAAACAAACUUUUUCCACGCCAUACGUUUUGUCCUUAGUGAUCUUUUCCAGAAUCUGCGCAGUGAAGAUAGACAUGCCCUUCUUCAUGAGGGUGCAGGGCACCAGGUUGUAUCGGCUUUUGUGGAGAUAGUAUUUGACAAUUCUGACAACCGCAUUCCAGUUGAUAAGGAGGAGGUGCGGUUGCGGAGGACAAUUGGUCUGAAAAAGGAUGAAUACUUUUUGGAUGGGAAGCAUGUCACUAAAACAGAAGUGAUGAAUUUGCUGGAGAGUGCUGGUUUCUCUCGCUCAAAUCCAUACUAUGUUGUUCAGCAAGGGAAGAUAGCAUCUCUCACUUUAAUGAAAGACUCUGAACGUCUGGAUCUUCUUAAGGAGAUUGGGGGUACGCGUGUUUAUGAGGAAAGGCGACGUGAGAGCUUGAAAAUAAUGCAAGAAACUGGUAAUAAGAGAAAGCAAAUAGAUCAGGUUGUUCAGUACUUGGAGGAGAGAUUGAGGGAACUUGAUGAAGAAAAAGAAGAGCUGAAAAAAUAUCAGCAACUUGACAAGCAACGAAGGUCACUAGAAUAUACCAUUUUUGAUAAAGAACUUCAUGAUGCGAGGCAGAAAUUAGGGGAGAUAGAAGAAGCCCGGAAGAAAGUUUCUGAGAAGUCAACCAGCAUGCACAAUACUGUGCUAGAUGCCCAUGAAAAGCUUAAGUCAUUGGAUAAGGAAUUCAAAGUUUUCACAAAAGAGAUACAAGGAUUGAACAAAGAGAAAGAGAUGAUAGAGAAGAAGCGAACUGAAGCAUUAAAAGUGCACACGCAGAUUGAACUUGAUUUGAGAGACCUGGAAGAGAGAAUUUCUGGAGAUGUCCGAGCCAAGGAGGAAGCUGCAAGGCAGUUAGAAAGCCUGAGAAAAGAGAUCCAGGAAUCCAGAGAUGAACUCAAUACUAUCAGGCCCUUACACCAGUCCAAAGUGGCUGAAGAGGAGGAAAUUGCUAAAGGAAUAAUGGAUCGUGAGAAGCAGCUGAGCAUUCUGUACCAAAAACAAGGACGUGCUACCCAGUUUGCAAGUAAAGCAGCUCGGGAUAAAUGGCUGCAAAGGGAAAUUGAUGACCUUCAGCGUGUGCUUUCAUCAAAUAUGGCACAAGAGAAAAAGCUUCAGGAUGAAAUCCAACAACUCAAAGAUGAGGAUAGUAAGUUGGGGGCAUAUAUUGAGGAGCGAAGAGCUGAAUUGAAAAAGCAGGAGCUGCUCAUCACAAAGGGCCAAGAAGAUUUUAACAGUUUAAGAGGACAGAGGGAUGAACUGCAAGAUUCAAGGAAGUCUUUGUGGAAGAAGGAAACGGAUCUUUCUUCUGAAAUUGAUAGGCUUAAAGCCGAUCUAGUAAAGGCACAAAAGAGUCUGGACCAUGCUACACCUGGUGAUAUCAGAAGAGGACUGAAUUCUGUCAACAGGAUCAUCAAGGAUCAUGGUAUCAAAGGAGUAUUUGGUCCAAUAUUAGAACUGAUUGAAUGUGAUGAAAAAUUUUUUACUGCUGUUGAAGUCACCGCUGGAAAUAGCUUAUUUCAUGUGGUGGUUGAAACGGAUGAGAUAUCAACUAGGAUAAUUAGAUACCUAACUGCAGAGAAAGGUGGACGUGUGACUUUUAUACCACUAAACAGAGUGAAAGUCCCACAAAUAACUUAUCCACAGAGUCCCGAUGUAGUACCUUUGUUAAAGAAAUUGAAAUUCCGUUCUGACUAUGCUCCUGCUUUUUCACAGGUGUUUGGCAGAACGGUGAUAUGCCGGGACUUGGAUGUAGCUACAAAGUUUGCUCGAACUAAUAGUCUUGAUUGCAUCACAUUAGAAGGUGACCAAGUAAGCAAGAAGGGUGGUAUGACGGGAGGAUACUAUGAUUUUAGGCGUUCAAAACUGAAAUUUGUGAACAUAAUUAGGCAAAAUAAGUUGUCUAUCCAUGCAAAAACAGUGGAACUAGAUGAAAUUGAGAAGAAACUUAAAGAGAUAGAACAGGAAAUUAACAAGUUGGUAAGCGAACAACAGAAAAUGGAUGCACACCGUGGCCACAUCAAGUCAGAGUUGGAACAACUUAAAAAUGACAUUUCUAAUGCAACUAAGCAGAAGAAAUCAAUUGCCAUAGCUCUUGAGAAGAAGGAGAAAUUGCUUGCAAAUGCACAUAACCAAAUUGAUCAGAUCCGAGCUGGCAUUGCAAUGAAACAAGCUGAGAUGGGCACAGAUCUCAUUGAUCAACUAACACUAGAGGAAAAAGAUCUUCUUUCUCGGUUAAAUCCUGAAAUUACAGAAUUGAAAGAACAGCUUCUGGCUUGCAAAACUAGUCGAAUGGAUAUUGAGGCAAGAAAAGAAGAACUAGAGACAAAUUUGUCAACAAACCUUGUGAGACGACAGCAGGAGUUGGAAGCCAUUAUUUUAUCUGCAGAUUCUGACAACUUGCCCAUGGAAGCUGAAGCGAAAAGGCAGGAAUUAAAGAACUCUAAAGCAACUAUUGAUGAAUUGACACAGCAGCUUAAAGCUGUUGUGGAAAAUAUAGAUAGUCUUACAAAGAAAUCACGGGAAAUAAGAAAUUCAAAAGAAAAACUAAAGACACUUGAAGAGAACUAUGAGAGGACACUUCAAGAUGAAGCAAAAGAUUUGGAACAGUUGUUGAACAAAAGGAAUAUACUUCAUGCCAAACAAGAGGAUUGCAUGAAAAAAAUUCGAGAUUUGGGUUCAUUACCAUCUGAUGCUUUUGAAACGUAUAAAAGGAAAAGCAUGAAAGAAUUACAGAAGAUGCUUCAUAAGUGCAAUGAGCAGUUGACACAGUUUAGCCAUGUCAACAAGAAGGCUCUUGACCAAUACAUGAACUUCACAGAGCAACGCGAACAACUGCAGAGAAGACGAGCGGAACUUGAUGCAGGUGACCAGAAAAUUAGAGAAUUGAUUUCAGUUUUGGAUCAAAGGAAGGAUGAAUCUAUUGAACGCACAUUCAAAGGUGUAGCAAGGCAUUUUCGAGAAGUAUUUUCUGAACUUGUGCAAGGUGGUCAUGGUUACCUGGUCAUGAUGAAGAAAAAGGAUGGUGACCUUGGUGAUGAUGAUCAUGAUGAGGAUGGGCCCCGUGAUCCAGAUCCUGAAGGAAGAGUUGAGAAAUACAUUGGAGUUAAAGUGAAGGUUUCUUUUACUGGCCAGGGAGAAACUCAAUCAAUGAAACAAUUGUCAGGUGGUCAGAAAACUGUCGUGGCAUUGACACUGAUUUUCGCCAUCCAACGAUGUGAUCCUGCUCCAUUUUAUCUGUUUGAUGAGAUUGAUGCAGCAUUAGACCCUCAAUACAGGACUGCUGUUGGAAAUAUGAUCCGCCGUCUAGCUGACAUGGCAAAUACUCAGUUCAUAACCACCACAUUCCGCCCAGAGCUUGUGAAGGUUGCUGACCAGAUUUACGGUGUGACACACAAGAACAGAGUCAGCCAUGUGAAUGUGGUUUCGAAGGAUCAGGCUCUUGAUUUCAUUGAGCAUGACCAGACACACAAUACUGACUAAUCUGCUUGCUCCGGUUACAGGCGGGCUCUCUGAAUGUUGAGUUGCACGACCUGAAAACGCUCUGUUUAACUGCAUGUUUGCCCAGUCGAUCGCCACAAUAGCAUGUUGGUGGAGGUUGACUGUUGUAAGAUUAAACAUGUAUGGCCUUUAUGGGUUGUAUAUAAAUAAUACUGGAAAACUGGAAUUUCAUUGCGUGUCUUUUUGAACGUUCUAUUAAGCUUGUGAUUUGUACUUGAUUUAUAUUUGUGGUGGUUGAUUUGUCUGAAGUCUGUAGUUGUGAGACUCUUAGGUUCUUAUCAGGCUCGUGUUAUUGGCAUUGGAAGUUCACGUGGAUUGCUGAUUUUGAUCU